AUGUGCAUCGAAGAGGUCAACAUAAUUGGUAGAAAAGGAGGUAGCAUGAAUAAAGAGUCAUGGGUUACAUUAGGGAAAGUUCUAAAAGAAAAGUUUGACAUGGAUACUACACAAAAACAAUUUAAAAAUGCUUUUGAUAAUCUAAAAGCUAAAUACGUAGUGUGGAAAACAAAUUCAUUUGCCUUAGUGAAUACAAAAUGGGAAGAAUUCAAGAAGGGUCAUCCAAGGUCAGGAUCAUUGAGGACACACCCAUUGCCUUAUCCCAACAUUUGUGCAUCUUUGUUUGAUGGAAGUAGUGCCAAUGGUAGCAUUAAACGGACCUUUACUCAAACGAAACCCGCAUAUACAUCAUCUUCUUCUCAUCGUGUCCAAAGACUUCUGAUCAAUGACAACCCUUUUAAUGUCCUAGAAGAUGAUGAUGGCGCUUCGAAUAAAACUAGUGAUCAGGCUUCUAUUGAUCGAGCGCAUGGGGCUUCUACUGAUAGGCUCAGUAAAAGGGCUAAGCGAUUGAUGCUUCUACUGAUAGACCCGAUAAAAGGGCUAAAACCACUGAUGCUUCUACUGAUAGGCCUGAUAAAAAGGCUAAAACUACUGAUGCUUCUAAAACCUUUGUUAGUCUUGAUGACUUGA